UUAGGUCGAGUGCUGGGCUCAUGGGCGUCUCUGCUCAGCUGCUCGCUACUCUCAUAGGAGCAUGGGGACGAUCUGUUAGUGUGGAGUCCUUCUCUUCUUUUUCGCCUGCUGCGCUACAGCAGGGGCUGUCCCGUGGAGCAUGCACACGGACAGCAGGUAGCUUGUUUGCACGAGGUCAGGCCGUCUGCUUGAGUGCCACAACCACGCCGGCAGCGAUGGAGAGCGCGGACUACCUGGAGAACAAAGAGGCGCUGAAGCAGGACCUCCGGGACGAGUACGCUUCCUUCUUCGACAACUUCGAGAGCGAGCGCUACCUCCCGGACGUGCAGUUCAUCGACCCGGUGACCAGCUUCACGGGCUUCGACAACUACAAGAAGAACCUCGACAUGCUUGGAGGCCGGUCUGCUCUGGGGAACAUCCUCUUCAAGGACGCGGGCAUCAUUUUGCACGACAUCGAAGAGCCUGGCCCGUUUCGCUUGAGGACGAGAUGGACGCUGACCGUGUGUUUCAAGGCGUUGCCCUGGCAGCCGGUGCCGCGCUUCACAGGCAUCAGCGAGUACACGAUAGACGACGAGGCGAGAGUGAUCAAGCAGGUGGACUACUGGGACAGCAUCAACCUGGUCAAAGGGCAGUACCAGGCGGUGAGCGCUCUCGACGGGGUGAGGGAUUUCGUGGGGCAGGUGCUCCCUAGCCCGGCAGGGGCGGCGACGGGGGGGCUGCUGCUGCGGCGAGCUAAGGACUACGAAGUUCGGCGUGAAGAGGGAGGGGAGGUUGUGGCAUUGCGGGAGUUCGAUGAGACGCCGUCGAAGGAAGCUGUGCUGAGCAACAGCGCGGCGCUGAUGGAGAGUCUCGCUCUGGACGGUUUGGAAGCGGCCGGCGAACCGGAGGCAUCAUCUCCCGGUUCGAGGAUGCAGGGCCAGGUCUCGGUGAAGCUCACGAAGCACGACUGGAUGACGGCGUGACGCAGGGAAGGGAUCGGGAAAGGGGGCUCGUGGCUGGCUGCUUGACGCGGCUGCCGGAUCGUAACCCCCCGAUUCUUGAGCACCACGGCUUUCUGCCCGAUAAGAUGACCAGUCGAACGGCAUGGAGACGACUUGGCGGCACGGGAAUCGUGGUCCCAAGUCUCAGACAGACAGACUUGGAGAGAGGGCGGCCUCAAAAUAGAGCAGCGGACGAAAGGACCGUCACUCGUUGCACGGGAUACAUUUAGGUCUCGGGGCGGAGCGGAGGAUCUUGGUGUUGGCCUCCCUCGCUCAAGGGAACGGAUGCCGAAUACAUACGGCAAAUGUUAUCCCAGGCUGCUGUGUGUUUCUCUCAUUUUACCCAGCGAAGGUCAGGAAUGCAACUAAUAGUUGUGGGCGAUCGGUUUGGCAUUCGUAGAUCUCGUAGAUCGUUCCUGUGGUGGCCGGCCGAGCUUCUCUGUGGUGGUUUGUUUAUUAAGGUGCUGUUUAGAGGCGAGAUGAUGAGACUCGCCACAGCAAUUAUUGGUGGACGAUUUUGUGGUCGUGUGCCGUUCGAUUUAGUGUCGUGGCGCUCUUGCCCCCGUCCGAGUGCGUCCAAUUUGUAUAUACUUUGGCAAGGUUUUCUGGCGUAACAGCGAAAGUGCAGAGCCCGUGUGUGUGGCUUGAUGCGGACGGCACCAAGGCUGUGGGCAUCGCUGGACCGAGGCAAGCAACAAGUACAAACAACGCGUUGAUAUGAAUCCGUAGAGUAGAAGGGUUCCCGCUCGGUGUGGGGGGUGCGAGCGAGAGAAUGAAUUGCCGGCAGGAG